AGUUUUUUACGGUCAAUUGUUUUCAUUAUCUUAUCGCGUUAUCAAAUGUUUUAAUUAUCUUAUUGUCUUUCUUAAUGAGCGUCAUUUCAAGUUAUUUUUCUUUCCACUGAUGUUGUUGACAUACUAGAAAGAGGAAGUUUAAUUAAAUCUAUUCUCGCGAGGGUACUCAAGAUUUAACAGUAAAAUAAUAUUCUGUAGCUUUAAAUGGCCGGAUGGGAAGAUUUUUAGCUAGAACUUUUGUAUUGUUCUUGUCGGAAACACGAAGCGUUCGCAAGAUGAGCAUCGAUAUUGGAGGAAUGAGAAUCAAAUACAAGGACAAGGAUGAGACCUUUCUAGAAAAGCACCUAGUGUCGAAGGAGCCGUUUGGCCAAUUUAAGGCUUGGUUUGAAGAGGCUUGCACUAAGAAGGAAAUCCUUGAGCCGAAUGCUAUGUGUUUAGCCACUGUGUCACCACAAGGUUUUCCUUCAGCAAGAUUUGUUUUGCUGAAAGGCUAUGGAAAGGAGGGCUUUAAGUUUUUCACUAACUAUGGAAGUAGGAAGGCUAGAGAAAUGGAUCUGAAUCCAAAUGUAGCAGCAACAUUUUACUGGGAAGUCCUAAACCGAUCAAUAAGGAUAGAAGGUCAAGUAGAUAAAUUAUCAGAAGAGGAGUCAGUAACUUACUUCCACUCCCGGCCGGUCCCAAGCCAGAUUGCUGCUUGUGCGAGUCAUCAGAGCACUCCGAUAGAGUCAAGAGAUGUGUUGCAAGAGCGGGAGAGUGUCUUGGAGGCUCAGUAUCUCGUACCUGAAAAGGAAGUUCCUAAGCCAAGUUAUUGGGGAGGCUACAUCAUUCGGCCCCAAGCCGUGGAGUUCUGGCAAGGGCAGCGGGACCGUCUGCAUGACCGCAUCAAGUUCAGGAAGCUUAACGUCGGUGAGCAGCCGGACGGGAAGCUGCUGCAUGAGGGAGAGGAUGGAUGGGUUUACGAGAGACUUUCGCCAUAACUUUAUACUGCAGUAUAUGAUCCAAAGCAUUUUUUUUUUGCAGUAAAGUAAUCAGUGGCAAUCAUAGCAGGUUGUGUUUCUGGUAGUUGUAAUAAUUUUAGUGGAUGGUUAUGGAUUUUAUGGGUAAGAAAGUCUUCCAUUAGUAUAGUGAAUCAAUUUUAUUUACAAUGUUGUUGUUUUACAAAGCUUUUAUACUUAAUUUAAAUAAAUAAAUGUCACAUCUU